UGCUGAUCUAUAUCUGCCGGCGAUCGAUCCAUUCAGCAGUGUUCUUUUUCAAGAUGAACACCGUGAGAAAUCUCUUGCGUUUCUUUCUCUUCAGUUCCAUAGCCUGUAUGGUGCUGCUAGUGCUGCAGCGUUCUCCGUGUCCGUGCUGCGACGUCGUACCGGCACAUGAAGAACUGACCUUGGGUACUAAUGGAACUCGAGCCGUUGAUCCCAGCUUGAAGAAGCUUGGCAUGGCUGAAGGCAAGCUUCCGGAGGUGCUGAGGAGAGCGGCCAUGGAGGACAAGACCAUCAUAAUGACCUUCACGAACGAAGCGUUCGCGGCUCCCGGUUCGCUCAUGGACCUCUUCCUGGAGAGCUUCCGCACGGGCGUGAGGACGGAGCCCCUGCUCAAGCACCUGGUCAUCGUCGCCGCCGACGCCAAGGCGUUCGAGCGGUGCCAGAAGGUGCACCCGCUCUGCUACGCGCUCCCCGUCGACGGCGCCAACUUCACGUCGGAGCAGCUGUUCAUGGCCAGGGACUACCUGGACAUGAUGUGGCGCCGGAACAGGUUCCAGGCGCAGGUCCUGGAGCUGGGCUACAGCUUCGUCUUCACAGACGUGGACAUCGUCUGGUUCCGGAACCCGCUGCUGCGCAUCCCGGUGGGCGUGGACUUCGCCAUGUCGUGCGACAUGUACCACGGCGACAACCCGUACGACCUCAACAAGCGGGCCAACGGCGGGUUCGUGUACGCCAAGGCGAGCGCGAGGACGGUCGCGUUCUACGCGGGCUGGUACGAGGCGCGGAAGGCGUACCCGGGCAAGAACGAGCAGGACCUGUUUGACAAGCUGAAGCGCGAGCUGUCGGCGCGGCACGACGUGGCGGCGCAGUUCGUGGACACCGCCUACCUCGGCGGCUUCUGCGAGCGCGGGAAGAGGAGGGACUUCCACAAGCUGUGCACGUUCCACGCCAACUGCCUCGUCGGGCUCAAGACCAAGCUGGAGAAGCUCCGCAGCGUCCUCGACGAGUGGAAGCAGUUCAAGGCCGGAAACGGCACCGCUCUUACGGACUGAACCAGUAUCAGUCAGCAUCGAUCGUGCGCGUUUUCUCGUCUAUCGAACAGAUUAUUUGGUAUACACAAGUGCUCCGGUGCUUCUGUACAACAUUCGUGCGUAGGUAGCCACUUUGAAUUCCAUUUCCCUUUCCCGUUGUAUAUAGAAGCUUAAUCCAAAGGACGACAGCACUAAAAAGCUUUAAGGUUACCGAGUGUGAGUGCUAUUGAAUCAUCAUCGAAUAGUGUUUUUUUAGCAAGUGUAAAUGCAAUAUGGUUAA